AUGAAGAAAGUCGUUGUGCCAAAGAUUGACCCAGAUCCUAAUGAUCCUAACAACUACUGCAAUUCAUUCAAACGAACCUAUUCAUUCAAACCCCUCUUUGUUGUCUAUCUUAGGAAGACACAUGGCGUGAGAAAGGGACCAAGUCGUACUAUAGUUAAGCCAAGAGUUCAGCCUAAUCCUCAUGAUCCUAACAGCUACUGUCAAACAUGCGAAAGGACUUAUGCAUCCAGGUUGCACUUCCGUCUUCAUCUUAGGAGAAAACACACCACUAAACUUAAAAUGGAUUUAGAUCCUAAUGAUUCUAAAGAGUAUCGCCUACCAUACCAAAAAGCUCUUAUAGCUAGGUCAAGUUACAUUACCCAACUUAGUGAAAAGCACGGCAUAAAGAUAGAACUAGGUCAUAAUACUGUCAGCCCAGAUAUUGAACCUGAUCCUAAAGAUGCUAAUAACUACUGUCAAGCAUAUGAAAGAACUUAUUUACGCAAAUCAAGCUACAUUGAGCAUCUUAGGGCAAAACAUGGUAUAGAAGUAGACUAA